AUGUCAUCAGAAUCUGAGUCCUCCUCUUCAUCUACUGCUACGAGCUCUAAGAAAUGCACUUCAAGUGACGAUCUCCUCGAUAAUUUGACUGCCACAUGCAGACAGAAAAAAGCCAAGAAGUGGCUCAAUGAGUUUGACAUUGACAUUGAGAGAGGAAUGGAAUGUCUUCAAGAUGGGACAUGGCCUUUACUUGCUACUAACUGGCCAUCAUUCCUCUAUGCAGCCGAGGCCACAUAUGACAGCGAAGACCUGAAUAUUGGCCUCUUUCGAGGACACGCCUUUCAGCAUCUAUACCUGGGACCUGCAGCUGCAGGAUCACAUGACCAUGGUGAUGAUGACGGCAAGCACAGUGGAAGCAAGUCCAAACAUAUGAUGUAUGGACUUACUAAGGUGACACCACAAUCAUGGGCCUGGGCCAUGUGUGCAGUAUGGUUCUCCCUCUCCGCCUGCAACUUGUACAAGAUGUGCAUUGGGUCAUUCAACCUAGAAGAAUUCUUUUUCGCUAUCAUCAAAACUCUAGAUGAUCCCAAGGAUCCAUGGGCAGUAGACAUGCUUGCAUGGAUCAAUGAGCAAGUGUUCGGUAAACAUGCAACUAAAGGGAUGACCAGUGCGUUAGAUGAUGCUGAUUCUGACCUCGCAAAAAUGCGAGCCAAACAUGUGGCUCUGUUGUCAUUCCCCCCCACCAACUCCACACAGACUGCCUCACUUGCACUGUCAUCGCCAUUGUCAUGCGCAUCAACACCACCGACAUUCCAGCCCUCUCUGAAACCUCAGAGUGCACAUGCUAUCCAUCCCAAGCCCACACCUGUCCCUCCAAAGCCCUUGACUGUCAUACUACCCAAACCAAUGCCAGCGCCUGUUGUACAACUGAAGGCCAAACCCAUUCCGAAACCAAAACCAGUACCCAAGCCACAUCCUAGCACUCAUGGCUCUAUGCAUCUUGCUGCUGGCUGUGCCCAGGUUGAAGAACCAACAAAUGAACCAGGUGACAGUGUGGCUGUGGAGGCUCCUGUGCCUCAGAAGAAGAACCCUGUCCCUCGUUGUAGCAGAAAUGCUGCCUAG